AUGGAGGGAAGAGACAGCACUAAUGGAGUUCCAUUGAAUAUGCGCUGGAUGACUAUUUCUUCUUGUUUCUUGCUGCUGCCAAGUGUGGUGGCAGAACAGAUGUUGAAGCCAAAAUUAGAGAUCAUUGUUUCUUUAAUAGGCAUGGCGGUUGGACCUUACUUUGCACUGAUCCCUGGUAGUUACAGAAAUAAGUAUGUCUUUGGUAGUUUGCUGGGAAUUGUACCAGUCAUGCUGAUGUAUGCGCCUUAUGCUAGAGCCUUCUCGCUUGGCACCAUUACAUCAUACUACCGCCUAGUGGCUGAUUUGUAUGGUGGCGCCUUGUGUGUUAAGACUAAAAAGAAGGAUCUUUCCUUGAUCUCUAGUUUGGUUUCUGCCUGGAUUAGUGUUGGAACCUUCUUUUCCCUGCACUUUUGUCCUACCCUUAGUGCCGCUGUUGGGUCGUGCCCGGCUAUGCUAACCUUUGCUAUCUUUGGCGCGAUUUUGUCCCAUAUUUACAUUAUUGAGACACCUGAAGAAAUCUUAGAGCGCAUCGCUAAUGAUAGGAACAAAAGCCAGGCAUACGAAGACAUGUAUGCUGCUCUGGCCCAUAUAAACGGCCCGGGAAAGAAGUCUCAAGAUGAUCUUCAGAAAGAGUACAAAGAGAUCUUGGAAGAAAAGAAGAACGAGAAAGAGAAGCCGGUCCCAGUAAAAGAGAGAGCUCGCGCCAUUGGCCUGUCCAUUAACAUCUCCUUUAUCUAUAUGGCCUUUCAAAAGGCUAUGGGAGUUGAUGGCAAGUACACUCUCUAUCGAGUCUUCCUGGGCGUUAUGCAGCUUUUCUCUUGGUCUCUUAAAUACACCGAGGGCGCCCAUUCCUUUUUCUCAACGGCUCUGCCCGUGCUAGCUCUCUACUUUGUCUGUAUUAGCACGAACAGCCACCAAGACAUUAUUCUAGUGGUUUUAAUGCUGCUGGGCAUUGAAUACGCUCCAGGACAAGUGACCGGGUAUAAACUACGGCCACUGGAUAUUGCUAUCAGUCGAAGCAUUCAGUGUUUGUGUGCUUUAUUGACCUUUUUGGUGGUCACUCAGUACAUCAUAUAUUAA